CUGUCACUUCUUCCAGUGCUUUGUCGAAAAAAGUGAUUACUAUUUUACUAUAAAUAUAAAUAUUGCUAAUAAUUCAUAAGUAUUUAAAGCUAGUUUUUAAAAUAAUUGAAGUCGUCAACGAUGGCUUCCACAAGCUCUGAUAAUCAAUCCACAAUUGCGCAGAAGACAUGGGUUAUGGCUAACAGCAUCGAAACGGUGUCCAGUGUUGAUGAAAUAUACCGCUACGAUAAAAAGCAACAGCAAGACAUUCUUGCCGCUAAACCAUGGGAGAAAGAUCCACAUUUCUUCAAAGAUAUCAAGAUCUCCGCUUUAGCUCUCUUAAAAAUGGUGAUGCACGCUCGCUCUGGAGGGACUCUGGAAGUUAUGGGGCUUCUAUUAGGCAAAGUAGACGCGAAUACUAUGCUAGUGAUGGACUCAUUCGCUCUGCCCGUCGAGGGCACGGAGACACGCGUUAAUGCACAGGCACAGGCUUAUGAAUACAUGACAGCUUACAUAGAGGCAGCCAAACAGGUUGGCCGCCAUGAAAAUGCCAUCGGUUGGUACCACAGCCACCCUGGCUACGGAUGCUGGCUGUCCGGCAUAGACGUGUCUACACAGAUGCUCAACCAGAACUUCCAAGAGCCGUUCGUGGCCAUUGUCAUUGAUCCCGUCAGAACUAUCUCGGCUGGCAAGGUCUGCCUUGGUGCUUUUAGGACAUAUCCAAAGGGCUAUAAACCAGCAAAUGAAGAACCUUCAGAAUACCAAACCAUCCCGCUCAACAAAAUUGAAGACUUUGGCGUCCAUUGCAAGCAGUACUACUCCUUGGAAGUGUCCUACUUCAAGUCCUCUCUUGACCGCAGACUGCUGGAUUCACUGUGGAAUAAGUACUGGGUCAACACGCUGAGCAGCUCGAGUCUGAUUACAAAUGCUGACUACACGACAGGACAGAUCUUUGAUCUGUCUGAUAAGUUGGAACAGAGUGAAGUGUGCUUGGGUCGCGGCAGCUUCGUAGUCCCCGGCUCAGAGCCGCACGACAAGCGCACAGAGGACAAGCUGGGCAAGGCCACGAAGGACGCGUGCAAGACCACCAUCGAGGUGAUCCACGGGCUCAUGGCGCAAAUGAUCAAGGACCGCCUGUUCAAUGGAGUUAGCGGCCGUCCCGGGCCGGCUACGCCCAUGAUUGAGGACUCCUAGUCAUAAUACCACUAUUAAGGGACCUUUACGAGGACUGCCUUUUAGAAGUUUGUGGUGUUCUUUGUCUAGCAGUCCAAGGUCACUGCAUACAACUGUUACCAAGAAAUUGAAAUCACAGAAAUUGUCAUUCACAUUCUUGAAUCACAUCAUUUCUCUUCAGCAUAUAAUGCAGAUCACGAAACUUCGAAAAUUACUUUAGAGAGUGAUAAAGAAAUUUCGAUUCUCGUUCUACCCAAUGGGGUCUCUGUAAUAUUAAUAUCGAUAAUAAUAUUCAAGUUGAAGGACUUUGAUAUAAUGUUUCAUUUAGGUUGCUUGAAAUAUUCCAAUGUUACUUAUAAAUAUAUUCUAGCGUAAUAAAUAUAAUUGUGAUUUUUGUAACAAAAACUUAAAAUAAAUACGUAAAAAAUAU